UCCAUCUUUACUUACGCCUUAUAAUGGCAUCCGAUAAAACAAACAUUUCGGCCAUGCUCGGCAAAGUAGUUGUGAUUCUAUUUGUGGUGAUAUUUAUUUGUUUGGUAGAAGCAAUUGUCGGACUUUACGUGUACAAACUGAUAAAAAACGAUUUUCAAGAAGACUUUCUAAAGGAAGCGAGUAACAGCGUUUCCCAGAAGGAGAUUAAAGAAUUACUCCUGGAGGAAGGAUAUUUAAAGGAUAUUUGUUAUGGGGCAGCUUGCAUCCAAAAGCACCCUGUUGGUAGACAUCCACGCGCAACAGCUAGAGGCCCCCCAGGCCCGCCAGGUAUUCCAGGAGCACGAGGCGGAAUGGGUCCAACAGGACCCCGAGGUCCUACUGGAAGUGACGGUCCCAAGGGAGAACGCGGUGAUAUAGGUGAUUUGGGUUCCGAAGGUGACAAGGGAAGUGUCGGAGACAAAGGUGCAGGGGGUGAAAAAGGAGAUAUGGGCCCACCGGGACCGCCUGGCAUACGUGGAGAAUCAGGAACAAUUGGCCCUCCGGGUCAAAAAGGUGAACGUGGCGACGCAGGUACAAAUGGAGUAGAUGGUCUGGCGGGAUCUAAAGGAGACCACGGUGUACCAGGAUCUCCAGGAAAAGAAGGCAUACCUGGCUUUCCAGGUAGACCAGGAAUUGAUGGAAAAGAAGGAAAAGUUGGGCCUCCAGGGCAGAAAGGUGAACCUGCAAUAAUUGAUAAAUAUCCAGCAGUUUAUAAUAAAUGAUCUAACAACACAAUAUGUCUGGUUAAUAUUCGAAUAUUAAUAAUUCGUGAUAUAAAUUAGUGCACUUGAAAAAGACAAUGCGCUAAAUUUCAUCUUAAACCUUUUGGGCCGUUAGGUAGUAAAUUUGUAACCCGUAGGCCCUAAAGACAAUCAAGGUUAAAAUUCGUCGGGCUUCCUGAAACCCAGACGAUUACCAGGUGUCUUGUCCUUAUCUUAGCCGACAUAUUCUGCAAAUUCAUACGGUAGACUGUAACGAUUUAGACUUACAUUUUGUAUAUAAUUAUGUAUCUGUGGCUGUAUUAAAACUAUUCGAAUAUA